AUGCUGCCGAACGAGCUGCGGUCGGUGGUGCGGCAUGUGGCGGUGGCGCUCUCAUCGGGCUCGGCCGCCCACGGUGUGGUCGUCUCAGGCCUGGUUGGCGACGUGCUCGCGGCCAUCAUUGAUGCGCGCGACAUGCUGGCACUGCCGGAUGGGAUUGACGCGCUGCUGCGGGCGAUGGUGGCGGCGGUUCAGCGGGCGCUCCCUGGCGGCUCAAGAUACACGCUGGUCGAGGAAGACAGCCUCCGUGCUCGUGCCCGGCCGCUCAUGGCUCAGCUCAAGCACCUGCACAGCACAGAACUCUCUUCGUUUGUCGACGCAGAAAUUCCUCUGGUGCGCCGGCCUUCAGCGACACGUAGUGGCGCGCCGGUUCUUACCAAGCACGACCUGGAGCUUGCACGGGCCGCGAUUGUCGACGCGGGCGUCGAGCUGUUGAGCAACGCACAGGCUAUGAUGGCUGAGGUCGAUGCGGCUGUGGCGAGCGAGCGCGGGCGAGCGGCACUCUUGCUGAAGUCGUCGUCUGAGGUCAUCUCGACGCUUGAGGCCCGUGAGCAGGCGUCGCGGUCACUGGUGGCUCUUGUCGAGCCGCUCGUCGAGGCGCUGACGACAACGAUUGACGCCUUCUCGGCGCUGGUUGUCUUUGUGGAGGCUUGGAAGGCAGCAACACCGAGCUCUGUCCUGGACUCGUUGUGGACAAGCUCUGCAGCGCUGGACGCUUUGAUUCCUGCGUUUGGCCCUGCGCUUGGGUCGACGACAACGUCGCGCUCACUCGACGCGCUGCUCCGUACCUCCAGCAGCGUCAUCGACGAGGCGCGGACUGCAGUAGCCAACUCGACACGUGUGGUGGAUGAUGCGACCUUCAAUGUGGCGACCGGGCUCGACGCUCACUCUGUCGGUCACCUCAAACAUGCGUACCACCUCGCAUCGGACGAGUGCUACUCACGACCGCAACUGGAGGAAUUGGAGAUCAACUACCACGCGCGACUCGCGGCGGCGGCGAACGAGAUCAAAUCGCUGCAAGCGCAGCUUCGGCGGGCAUCGCUGGGAGUCGGCGGCAACAACGAGGACAGACGGAGCUCGAGCGAGGGGCUGGCGCCGAGCGGAAGCUCGACCGAAAAGCUCCUCGCUCCUUAUGUGGAGCGGGAGCACGCGCUGCGCGCGCAGCUCGAGUACUUGAAGCGGGUUGUGGAAGCUGGCACCAACGGGACCGACCCCCUGGCGGCCGAGGAGGCGGUUGCGUUCUCGGCGCGAGUGGCGAGCGCGGCCCGCGACAUGGCACAGCACAUGAUGGCCGACUCGGGCGUGCGGUACACCGAAGACGAUCUUAUGGAGCUGUACAACCACUUUCAGGGGCGGCAGGCGGCGCUGGAGACGCGGGUGUCCGAGCUGGAAGAGGCUGAGCGCGAGCUGGCCGAACACAAGCGACGGGCGGCGGGGAUGGAGGGUGUGUCGGCGGCGCGACUGGAAACAGCGCUCCGACAGCUGCUUGACAAGUACAACCGGUACCGGGCCAAGUCCAAGGCCAAGCUGGCAAGCAUGAAGCGGCUCUCACUCGAGGCGUACUCCAAGCUGCAUCGCAAGCACAAGAAGGAGCUGGCGCGAGCAAAAGCGACAGCGCUCAUGCGCGAAGACGAGCUGCGAGCGCAGCUCACGUUUGCGUACAACGAGCGUGACGCCAUCCUCACCGCCCAUGACGAGGCGCAGCAGAGGGCAGCUGACGAGCGGGCUGCGCGGCAGGCUGAGCGGCAGAAGCGCAAGACCAAGGAGGCGACCAUGGCGAGCUUGAAAGAUCAGCUCAAGUCGACCGCUGCAGCCGCGUCACAGUCGGCUGAGCUGGCGGCGGCGGUGAAGAACUUUACCGCGCUCUCAGCCGAGUACGAGUCACAGAUUGCCGAAGCCGACGCCACCAUUGAUGCGCUCUCCGAAGAGAAGGCUGCGCUCCAGGCUGCGCUGCAGCAGGCGACAGCAGCCAUCGAUCGCGAGCGCGCGACGCGGGCGCAGCUGUCGCGGCACGCCAAUGAGUCGGCGGCGUCGGUGGCAGCGCUAGCCGAAGUCGAGGAUGCGCUGCAGGCCAAGACCAAUGAGCUGAAGCGGGCCGAAGCUUCCAAGCGUGAGCUUGCCGGCAAGCUUCACGCUGUGGCGGAGGCCAUGCAGGAUCUGGAGACGCAGGUCACCGAUGCCGUUGCCGAGGCGGAGGCUCGUACCCACGAGCGCGACGACAUCGCCAAAAAACUUCGCACCGCCAUGGAGCAGCUUGUAGUUGCCUCCAAGCGGGUAGAUGCCCUUGAAGAGCUGCUGGCGCAGCAGGGAUCCGCCGACGAUGCCGGCCUAGCUGCCGCGCUCGCCAAAGCACAAAGCGCGCGUGACGAACUCGAGAUCGAGUUGACGCAGCGCAACCACGAGCUGGCCAUAGCGCGGGACGACGCUGCCCGUGCACAGGCCGACGCCGACGCGCGGCCGACGGCCGACGCGAUCGCUGAGCUCAAGAAGAGCGUCCGCGAGCUGGAGGCCAAAGUCGAGGAGAGUCGCCAGCGGGCGCAAGAUGCUGACGAGGCACAUGUUGCUAGAGUUGGUGAGCUCGAGGCGCAGCUGGCAGCGGCCGAGGCCGCAGCGGUCAAUGCGGACAGGGUUGAUGGCGAGGUUGUUCCGGCGAGCGAGAUGGAAGCACUCAAGGCUCAGCUGGCAGCGGCCGAGGCCGCAGCGGCCAAUGCGGACGGGGUUGAUGGCGAGGUUGUUCCGGCGAGCGAGAUGGAAGCACUCAAGGCUCAGCUGGCAGCGGCCGAGGCCGCAGCGGCCGAUGCGGACGGGGUUGAUGGCGAGGUUGUUCCGGCGAGCGAGAUGGAAGCACUCAAGGCUCAGCUGGCAGCGGCCGAGGCCGCAGCGGCCGAUGCGGACGGGGUUGAUGGCGAGGUGGCGGAGGCGCUUCAGGCGCGCCUCGACGAGCAGACCCAGGAAUGUACUCGGCUCGAGGCCGAGGUCGCUGCACUGGCAUCCGAGCGCGAUGAACUGAAGGCGCGGAUUGUCGAGCUAGAGAAGGAGUUGACAACCAAGGGCGAGAACGAUGUCGAGGCUGUCAAUGAUGCCGAGCUGGUGGCCGAGAUGGAAAAGGUGAAAAAGUCCAUGGCCAUGAAGAACAAGAUCAUUGUGGAUCGCGACAAAAAGCUGGCCGAGGCGACCAAGGAGUUGGAUAAGGUGAAAGGUAUGCUAGAGGCUGCGCAGCAGCAAGCAGCUGCCGCACGGGAAGACGCCGCCAAGGCCAAGAAGGCGCUAGCCGAAGCGCCGUCAGCAGCGACAGGCGACAUCAGCGCGUCGGCAAACGACAAUGCAAGCGGACCGCCUCCACCAGCACCACCGGGCGGGCCACCGCCGCCUCCACCGCCGCCACCGGGCGGGGCACCACCGCCGCCGCCGCCACCUCCACCGGGUGGGGCGCCGCCGCCACCACCACCGAUGCCUGGAGGCGGACCGCCGCCACCACCACCGAUGCCCGGAGGUGGACCGCCGCCGCCACCGCCGAUGCCCGGAGGUGGACCGCCGCCACCUCCGCCACCUCCUGGUGGAGGCCCGCCGCCACCUCCACCGCCGCCUGGUGGAGGCCCGCCGCCUCCGCCGCCUCCUGGCGGCAUGCCCCGGGUACCAGCCGCGCCACAGAUUGGGGCUGAGUUUCGGACCGGUGGGCCGCUGCCAAAGCGGCCCAAGAAGAAGCCGCGGGUCAAGAUGAAGGGCUUCAACGUGGCCAAGAUCAACACCAACAAGAUCAAACCUACGAGCUUUUGGUACAAGGCAGACGACACCAAGAUUAAGGUCGACGCCGACGAAAUCGAGAAUCUGUUCGCAGCCAAAGUGUCAGCGCCGGCGGCGAGCGGCGCUAGCGCCAGCGCAUCCAAAAAGCCGACGGUGGUGACGCUGCUGGACCCGCAGCGGUCGCAGAACCUAGGCAUUGCGUUGGCACGGUUCAAGAUGAAGCCGCAGCAAAUCUGCGACGCCAUUCUUUCGAUGGAUACCGAAGCGCUCUCGCUCAACCAGAUCAACUCACUGCUGCGCAAUGUGCCGACGUCGGAGGAGAUGGGCGAGCUAGAGGGCUACGAUGGCGACCGGGCACUGCUCGCGCCGGCAGAAGCGUUCCUCAUUGAGACACUCAGUAUUUCGCACUAUGCGUCGCGGCUGGAGGCAUUCCAGUUCCGGCUCAAGUUCAAGGAGCGGCUGGACGAGCUGUUGCCGGACCUCAACGCCAUCACUACGGCGUCCGAGGCCAUCAAAGACUCGGCAGCGUUCAAGCGGGUGCUCGAGCACACACUAGCGCUGUCCAAUUACCUCAAUGGGGGAGGCUUCCGUGGUGAGCUGUAUGGCUUCCAGCUGAGCUCGCUGCCCAAGCUGCGUGACACGCGGUCGUCUGCGCGCCCGGGCUACACCUUGCUCCACUACCUCGUCGACCGGAUGACCGAGCUGGACUCGGCGGACGAAGUGAGCAAGGCCAUCGACGACCUCAAGAGCUGCGAGGCUGCGGCCAAAAUCUCGCUGGAGACGACGAUGACUGAGACCAAGAAGCUGGUGGCUAAGUUUGAAGAGGUGGCUGGCUACGUGGCGACAUUUGAGGAAGAGGGCGUCAAAGACUCGGACAAGGACAACUUUAUCGAGUCGAUGGGCGCGUUCCGCGACGUGGCACAGGCCGAGCUCGACGAGGCCGUCGCCGAGAUGGCGCAGGCUGAGAUGCUGUUCAAGGAGACGCUCGAGUGGUACUCAGAGUCGCCCAAGACCUCCAACGAGGAGUUCUUCGGCAUGCUCUCCGAGUUUGGAAAGGACAUGGAGGAGGCGCGCAAGGAGAUUGCUAGCCUUAAGCGCAAGGCUGAGCUGGCUAAGAAGCGCGAGCAGGAAGCCAAGGAGAAGGCCGAGCGCGGCGAGACCGAGCCUGCGGCUGCCAAGGAGAAGGCCAAGCCGCGUUUUGGCAAGCCACCUGGCGAGGCGCCCAAGGUCUCGCAGGCGGCGCUGAUGGGCGAUCUCGCUGGCGCUCUCUCGUUCGGACGCGGAAGAGGGCGUGGGCGCGGACGUGGGCGCGGCGGUGGAAGGGGCGGUGGGCGCGGGCGCGGCGGGCCGGCGUCUGAUGAGGAAAAGCCGGGCUCGUGCCACGCCGACGGCUGUGACUGUGACAUGUUCCGGGUCUCCCCGUUUGGCCGCAAAAAGGACGCUUGUGUCGAUUGCGGGCACACCAAGAGUGACCACCUAGAGAAGAAGGCCGAGGUGGCCGAAGCAAGAGCGGGGGCCUUCCGAUGA